CGCCCAUCAGGGCACAAGCUAGCAGAACAUUACAUCAUUUUAUUCUCUGGGAGUGCAGUUCAGUUGGGCAGCCGUGCAAGAAAGCGCAGGGUGCCAGCCAUGGAGUUGGAGGGGAGGCCGGCGCUGAUGCUGAAGGAGUGGCUUGAGCUGGAGUUCACCGCGGAGCUCUCCCGCGGCGGCUUCGGGUGCUACCCGCGCCACCUCGUCGCCGAGCUUCGUAGCACGCGGCGCAACGGCGACGUGAUGGCGAGGGUAUCCGCUGCGGUGAGGGCCGCGUUAUUCCGGCCAUCGGGAAGGGAGGGGGAGGUCGCGCUCGCCGGGAAUUUCCCGAAGAAGCUGCGUAUGGGUUUCUGGAAGAAGAGAAGGGGCGAGGAGGCGGUGGAGAGGAGGGUUCCCAGCUGCUCAGCGUCCACCACAGCCAUCGGAAGGAGGGAUGGUUCGUCGCCGGGGCGGAGUCGGGAGCGUGGCCAGGCGGGUGACGUCGGUGCAGGUCUCGCCGGCCGCCGUAACAGCGAAACAAAGGAGCAGGAGCAGGAGCGGAAGCAGCGUCUGAGCCCGGUCUCGGUGAUGGAUUUCCUCAGCCAGGAUGAAGACGACGAGGACGAGAACGGCGACGGCGACGGCGUGGAUGGAGACGACGAGACCGCGUCGCCGACGUUCCAGCGAAGCAUCGCCAACAUUCGAAGAGCAAGUCAAGAGUUGCUUCAAAAAAUUCGGCAAUUUGAGCAGCUAGGCGACCUAGACAUAUCUGACGUGGACGAUGCUACCACGACCACGGAGGAUGUAAGCUACAACAUGGCAGAAACAGAGUCCACAGCAGACAGUGAUAAUGCGUCAGCGCAGGGCAUACUAGACCUCCUAGAAGCAAGCUCCUCGGGGUCCAUCCACUGCUUCCAGAAGCUUCUAGUUGAUUUCUUUUGCGACGAUAAAACCCCGAGAAAUCUAGGUCGAAGAAAGGCAUUGUUGGAGACGGCCCAGGCAUGGUUGGAUGGGCAAAAUUGUUCAUUAAGACCAAUUUGGGCAGUGGUGAAGGCGGAGAUUGAGCCGAUCCAACGGUGGAGAUGUUUCGGGGAUGAUGAAAAGAAGUUACUAGUUGCUGAUCUUGAGAGUGACAUCAUCUCGUUGUUGGUCGGAGAAUUGGUUGACGAGUUAUAUUGACCGAUGGCAACGAGAAGAUGAUUUCUUGAAACUGCUUUUGAACAUGGAGAUAGAUGGACCAAGCAACUUUGUCCUGCAACUUUUAUUUGGUGUGUAUAUCAUCGAAGGAGAAGCACAUAUGAACUGGUGCAACCUUGCGAGAUCCCACAACAUAAUAUGGUGAUACUAUGAUGUUGGAAUAUCAGUGUUGUGUAAGUGCUUGUACAUUUAUGGGUGAUCUGCAAUCUAUUGGAUACAUGUCUUUUGCUU